CUGCCCGCAGAAGAACGCCGAGAUCCUCAGCAGCCAGUACGGCAUCAACCUCUUCCUGGCCGGGCUGCUGCUCACCUUCGCCUGGGCCGUGCAUGCCGUGGGCAUCAGCAAGAGCCACCUGCUCUCCUACCUCAUCACGCUGAUGCUCGUCCAGCUGCUGUGGAUGCUGUGGUACCUCGGCCGGAGCUGCACGCAGAGGAGGCUGAUCCGGGACAAGGACACGCACGCCGGGGCCCGCUGGCUGAAGUGUGGGAUUACAUUAUUUGCAGUGAUUACUUUAAUUCUGGACUCUUUUAAAAUUGGAUACUAUAUUGAUUUUUCGAACUGUUUAUCACCAACUGAAGGCAUUUUUCCUGUUACACAUGCCGUGCACACCAUCUUACAGGUGUACUUUCUUUGGUGUCAUGCAAAGGAUAUUAUCCAGUCUUUCAAAACACUUGAAAGGUUUGGGGUUAUCCAUUCCGUGUUCACAAAUUUACUCCUGUGGACAAAUGGAGUGCUAACAGAGUCGAAACAUCAACUGAAUGAACAUAAGGAAAGAUUAAUCACACUUGGUUUUGGGAAUAUAACAAUAGUUUUAGAUGAUCAUGCACCUCAAUGCAAUUGCACGACAACAACUCUCUGCUCAAUAUUUUCUCAAGGAAUAUAUUAUCUAUACCCCUUUAAUAUAGAGUACCACAUCCUAGCAUCCACAAUGCUCUAUGUCCUGUGGAAAAACAUUGGCCGCAAAGUCGAGCACCACCAGCAACACAAAACUCCAUUCAAAUUCCAUGGCAUAACUGUUGGAAUGAUUUUUGGACUAAUUGUGUUAACUAGCACAAUAGCCAUAGUUGUUGUGUAUUUAAUUCAGAUUGGACGUUCAAAAAUCAAAAGCGAGUUAGCACUUACCAUGUUUUACUUGCAUGCUAUCUCUGUGUUGGCUCUCAUGUGUACAGCUGGAGUUGUUGCCCUUCUCAUCUACAGAUUGGAAGAUAGAUCGUUGGAUAAUUCAAAAAAUCCCGCUCGAAAACUUGAUGCAGAGCUGCUGGUGGGCACAGCUGCAGGGUCCUGGCUCCUCUCCUGGGGCUCAAUCCUCGCCAUUAUCUGUGCCCAGGCUCAUCCAAAAUACACAUGGUAUAACCUGCCCUACUCCGUCCUGGUUAUUAUUGAGAAAUACAUUCAGAACCUCUUUAUCAUUGAAUCCAUCCACCGUGAGCAGGAAAAGGUGAAUGACGAUAUUAAAACUCUUCGAGUAGUGACUAUAUCUCGAGGGAGCACUUUAUCACUUACCCCUUCGUACAAAGAGCCGUACAACGGCAGAGCCACUUGUGACAGCGGGGGGGUGCCCUGUCUGUUUAAGGGCAGUAUACGUGGGAGAGAAAAUGAUGGUAGUGGUGGUGGUGCCAAAGAAGAAACGAGUCAGGAAAAUAGUUCAGUCAUGCAUUCAGCCUCAGAUUUCUCAUUUUACAGUAGAAACUCAGUUACUAACAACAAGAGGAGAAUUCUGAAGAACAUCGCUGCAUUUUUAUUCCUCUGCAACCUUUCGCUGUGGAUACCACCGGCAUUCGGGUGCCGCCCGGAGUAUGACAAUGGACUAGAAGAAAUAGUUUUUGGCUUUGAACCCUGGAUAAUUGUUGUGAACCUUGCGAUGCCUUUUUCUAUUUUCUAUCGGAUGCAUUCAGCUGCCUCACUCUUUGAGGUCAAUU